AUGAAUUGUGUUGGUUGAGUGUGUGUUACUGUGUUAUCCAAGCUAUCAGUCAACUCUCUUCUAAGAAAUGAAGUGUAUCAAGGUGAGAGUGACCCAGGGAAGCCAGAAAUUGUCAUUAAGUACGGGGAUGGAAAAGGAAUCUUGGGACCAGGAUCUCAAGCCCUGUCUGCUUCUCUCUGAUCCUCCCACCCCUGUCAUGGGAGAAGAGGAAGGGCUAUGCAAAUGAGAAUCCCUUUCUUAUAUAGGGGCUUAUUCUAGCCCCCCAGCACCUUUGACUGCUGGAGAGAACAACUGAAUAGACAUGGUCCUGGGAAGGUGUCUUCUCCAUUUAUCUGUGCUGAGUGCUCUGCUGCCUGUGGAGGCUACAGAAGGACCCAGAGACCAUGACUGGCUUGGUGUCUCAAGGCGGCUGAGACCUACAGCCUGGAAUAGGCAGCUGUAUCCAGAGUGGAUCGAAGCCCAGAGACCUGACUGCUGGAGAGGUGGCCAGGUGGAUCUGAAGAUUAGUAAUGAUGGGCCUACACUGAUUGGAGCAAAUGCAUCCUUCUCUAUUGCCCUGAAUUUCCCUGAAAGCCAAAAGGUGCUACCAGAUGGACAGGUUAUCUGGGCCAACACCACCAUCAUCAAUGGGAGCCAAGUCUGGGAAGGACAGCCAGUGUAUCCCCAGGAACCUGAUGGCAUCUGCAUCUUCCCUGAUGGCAGACCCUGCCCAUCUGGACUUUGGUCUCAUAGAAGACGCUUUGUUUAUGUCUGGAAGACCUGGGGUCAAUACUGGCAGGUUCUGGGUGGACCAGUGUCCAGAUUGAGCAUUGGGACAGGACAGGCAAUGCUGGGUACACACACUAUGGAAGUAACUGUCUACCACCAUCGGGGGUUCCAGAGCUAUGUUCCCCUUGGUCACUCCAGCUCAGCCUUCACCAUAACUGACCAGGUGCCUUUCUCAGUGAGUGUGUCCCAGCUGCAGGCCUUGGAUGGAGUGAACAAGCACUUCCUGAAAAAUCAACCUCUGAUCUUUGCCCUUCGGCUUCAUGACCCCAGUGGUUAUUUGGCUGGGGCUGACCUCUCCUAUACUUGGGACUUUGGAGAUAGUACUGGGACCCUGAUCUCUCGGGAACGAAUGGUCACUCAUACUUACCUGGAGUCAGGCCCAGUUACUGCCCAGGUGGUGCUACAGGCUGCUAUUCCUCUUACUUCCUGUGGCUCCUCCCCAGUUCCGGGAACCACAGAUGGAGGUAUACCAACUGCAGAGGUGCCUGGUACCACAGCUGGACAAAGGUCCACUGCGGAAGUUGUUAGUACUACACCUAGUAAAGUGCUAACUACAGAGCCUUCUGGAACCACAGCAAUGCAGGUGCCAACCACAGAGAUCAUAACUACUACAGCUGUGCAGGUGCCAACUACAGAGGAUAUGGACACUACACCUGAGCAAGUGCCAACCUCAGAGGCCACAAGUACCAUACUCACAAGCAUGUCAACUGCGAAGAGUAUAGACACAACACCUGCAGAACCCUCUGGAGCCACAGUGGCACCAAUAACCACCACAGAAUUGGUGGUGAUCACACCUGGAAAGUUAACUACCCUCGAACCUGAAGAUCCACCUGUGAGCUCUUUUGUGCCUACAGAAAGUAUUACAGGGUCCCUGAACCCCCUGCUGGAUGGCACAGACACAUUAACACUGGUGAAGAGACAAGUCCCUCUGGAUUGUGUUCUGUAUCGAUAUGGUUCUUUUUCCCUCAAUUUGGACAUUGUCCAGGGCAUUGAAAAUGCUGAGAUCCUGCAAGCUGUACCGUCCAGUGAUGGGGAUGCAUUUGAGCUGACUGUGUCCUGCCAAGGCGGGCUGCCCAAAGAAGCUUGUAUGGAUAUUUCAUCACCAGGAUGUCAGCUCCCUGCCCAGCGGCUGUGCCAGCCUGUGCUACCAAGCCCAGCUUGCCAGCUGGUUCUGCACCAAGUACUGACAGGUGGCUCAGGAACCUACUGCCUCAAUGUGUCUCUGGCUGAUGCUAAUAGCCUGGCAGUGGCCAGCACUCAGCUUAUCAUACCUGGUAGGUACUUGGCAAGAGGCAGGAUGAAUGGCAGCAGGCAGAGGAGUAGCUGGGAAGAACAGACACUGACCAAAGCAGUGCCUGGGAUUCUAUUCACAGGUCAAGAAGCAGGUCUUGGGCAAGCUCCUCUGAUUAUGGGCAUCUUACUGGUGUUGCUGUCUGUGGUGCUUGUAUCUCUGAUAUAUAGGCGCAGAUUUAUGAAGCGGGGCUCUGUGCUCCCUAUUUCCCAGCUGCCACAAAAUGGCACCCACUGGUUGCGUCUGCCCCAGGUCUUCCGCACUUGCCCCAUGAGUGAGAACAGUCCCCUCCUCAGAGGGCAGCAGGUCUGAGUGAGCUCAUGAUGCCAUAUUUUUCUGGGAUUGACAGCAAUGUCUAUAUUUUCUGCAGUCUUCCCUGGGAGAUUACCAUUGCCUGGAAUAAAUAUUCAGAACCUGGUACUGUGUUUUGUUUUGUUUUUGCCAGUCCUAGGGCUUGAACUCAAGGCCUGGGCACUGUCCCUGAGCUUCUUUUUGCUCAAGGCUAGCACUCUACCACUUGAGCCACAGCACCAGUUCCGG